GGCGUCGGGAGACCGCUUUGGCCUCGGCGCUGCCACAACAGCAGGAGGCGGCGAAUGGAGCUGGAAGCUCCCGGGCGGCGGUAGCUACUGUCUGAUAAACCCCCCCCCCACCGAAAGGCGGCGGGAGGCAGUGAAGCACCUCCCCCCCCCUCCCCAAUCCCGGGUCCAUCAUCAGCUUCUCACCAACCCGGGGGAGGGGUGAAGAAAACCCCCCAUAAUAUUUAAAAAAGGGGGCGGAAUGGCGGCAAAUAUGUACAGGGUCGGAGACUACGUUUACUUUGAAAAUUCUUCCAGUAAUCCAUACUUAAUAAGAAGAAUAGAAGAGCUCAAUAAGACUCCAAGUGGCAAUGUGGAAGCAAAGGUUGUCUGUUUUUACCGACGCAGGGAUAUUUCAAACAGUCUGAUAGUACUUGCUGAUAAACAUGCAAAAGAAAUGGAGGAAGAACUGGAAACGCCAAGUAUUUUAGAUUUGACAGAAAAACAAAGACAUCAGCUUAAACACCGAGAGAUAUUUCUAUCUCGUCAGUAUGAAUCCCUUCCGGCCACACACAUAAGGGGCAAGUGUGGUGUUUCACUUUUCAACGAAACCGAGUCAGUAGCCUGCUAUUUGGAAAAAGAGGAUGGAUUUUUCUAUUCUUUAGUCUAUGAUCCCUCACAGAAAACGCUUCUGGCAGACAAAGGAGAAAUACGAGUAGGCUCACGAUACCAAGCAGAUAUUACAGACAUGCUGAAUGAAGGUGAAUCAGAUGCCAGAGAUCAAUCGAAGAUGGAGGUUAAGGUUUGGGAUCCUGACAACCCUUUGAAUGAUCGACAGAUAGAUCAGUUCCUGGUAGUUGCACGUGCUGUGGGUACAUUUGCUCGAGCUCUGGAUUGUAGCAGUUCAGUCAGACAACCGAGUUUACACAUGAGUGCUGCAGCUGCUUCAAGGGACAUUACUCUGUUUCAUGCAAUGGAUACGUUGCACAAGCACAACUAUGAUUUGACAAAUGCAAUCAGCAUCUUGGUACCUCAGGGUGGUCCGGUUCUCUGCAGAGAUGAGAUGGAAGAAUGGUCAGCAUCUGAAGCUAGCCUUUUUGAAGAGGCAUUGGAAAAAUAUGGCAAGGAUUUUAAUGACAUACGACAAGACUUUCUACCAUGGAAAUCACUCACUAGCAUCAUAGAGUACUAUUACAUGUGGAAAACUACGGAUAGAUAUGUACAACAGAAACGUCUUAAGGCUGCUGAGGCAGAGAGCAAAUUGAAACAGGUGUACAUCCCAACAUAUAAUAAACCUAAUCCCAAUCAGAUAUCAGGUGUUAAUGGUAAACCUGCUAUGGUGAAUGGUCCAGUUGGAGGAGUACUUCAUCAAACCCAGAACUCAAGCAUAGGCCGGCCCUGUGAGAGUUGUUACACCACACAAUCCCAACAGUGGUAUUCCUGGGGACCUCCAAAUAUGCAGUGUAGACUCUGUGCUUCAUGCUGGACCUACUGGAAGAAGUACGGUGGUUUGAAGAUGCCUACUCGAGCAGAAGCAGAAAAAAUGUCACCCGCAGAUGAUGUUUCGGAGUCCCACAUAAGAAGCGUGUUUCAUCAUGGUCAACUGGGGCAUGGUGUACCAAUACACAUUGAUAGUCCAAAAUCUACUUUGAAGACUCGUCAGUCUUUCUUCCUGCAGACAACACGUCUUACAAAACUUGCCAGGCAUGUCUGCAGAGAUAUUCUGCAACUGAAACAGGCGGCAAGGAAGCCAUUUGUUCCGAUUAACUGUGCUGCCAUUAAGGCAGAAUGUAAGAACUUUUUAAAUUCCUAGCUUUGAGUUUCAUGCUUUCACCAUUCCCUGACCUAAUGUUUGCAAUAAAUGAUACUUAUGACUUA